CUUGUCUUUAUGAUGCUGUAUGGUACCGGCAAUUUUCUGUAAAUCGAAUGAACGUGGUCAACUAGAUAUUACGGCUUGCCUUCCAACGUAUACAUACUAAACUGUCAGAUAAUUUCAUCUCUCUAGCUCCUUAUGUUUGAAAAAAGGUUUGUGUCCUGUUAUCGAAAUAAUCAGUUGUAGUGAAACUUAAACUUUAUGGGCAACGGACCACAAGCCUUAUGCUCCAUGAGUAUAGUCGCUUAGUGUUUUAAGCCUGAUAUGAAAAUCAUACUAUAUGUUUGCAGUAUUUACGUCUACAAAUUUCAUCACAAAAUCGGUCUUAAUCCCUACUCAAAUUUGGCUGUGUCAAACUAAUUAUCCAUGUUGAUGGAAUACAUUAUAUUUCUUCCAAACUGUUGGCAUUCAACAGUAAGAGCUAUCAGGUAGUCAAAAAGGAAGAGAUAGAGAGACAAUAAUAUUGGUGAACACUAGUCAUCGUCAAAGGAACGAAUCUUCGUGUUCUGAGUUCAGUGAUAUUGAUGAAGAUGAUCUCUUGAAUUAUCUAAUUGUUAUUGUCCCUGAAAGAGCAGGUGGACGCGCUUCUGAUCAAAGCACUCUCAGCGCGAAAGCACAUGUAUCAAAGCCAUCUCGAACAUCUGAAUCGUGGAUUGAAAAAGCUGAUUUCGAAUCCGGUCCAUUGAAUAUUACACCUUGUAAUAUCACAGUUGACAAGAGUCAAACAAUACAUAGUGGAUACACAUCUUCUGAACAUGCUGCCAAUUCUUCCCGCCUUUUGGCUAAACACCCAUCUGGUGAUCGCCACCCCAAUCCAGAUCAUCAGUCUCGUGCCAAGAUUCAUGCAGAUAUGCUGCAAAGAAUUCGACUGGGACUUGAGGAUUAUGAACAAAACGUGAAGCGCGAACGUUACACCUCUAUUUGUGAACUUGGUUUUGAAGAUGAUGUUGAAGAACCGAAUAUCUCACUUUUAUCUGAUAAGUCAUCCAGUCAGUCUCUUACUCGCUUGGAAAAAAUCAAUCUUGUUUCACCAGAAGAUUUUGUCAGCCUUAAAGAAGCUGCUGCUUCUGGUUCCACCGAGCGACCAAUCUAUGUUUCUCAUGAAAAUGUCAACAUAUCAGAAGACCCACGCUUAAAUUCGGCUCGAUUAGAAAGAACCAAAACUCAGUCUGUCGAAAAUUCCUACCCAACAUUUCCUUUUUAUUUUCCUAACGUGUUACCCCCUGAACCAUCACACUUGGUUGCUAGUUCCUCAUGGAUUCCCUCAUAUCCUAUUCUACCACUUUACAAUUCUGAAGUACUUCCGUGUUCGUUAGACAUGGGGUCAUUAACACCCAGUCAAGUUGAACAGCAGUUGGAAGCAGAAAACGCGGUGGCAGCACUCGUUGCUGAAGUUUCCAGGGCUGCUGUAGCAUCCGCCUCUCAAAAAUCUGUGGUAACUGACAAACCUAAAAACAAACAUACCGCAAAGCGUCGUAUGACCGGCUUUUAUCCCGCAAAAGUAGGAUCUACUGGUACUCGAAAACGAGAUGAAUUAGACGUCGGAUUCGCGUUUGAUCUUUCUGCCCGACCUUCAGCUAGAACCACAAGAGAUCAGACCUCCAGUGCUACUUCACAUGCUACACUUGAAGACAGUCGUAAUCGAACUCCAAAGACACUAAUAUCCAUGGCAAGCGAUGUUAGUACAUCUGGAACUACUGUGAUCAUAACCACCGAACAUGCAACUGACGAAGAUAAUAAGCCGAAUUUCGUGCCAAAUGAACCUGUGAAGACUAACCAGUCCCAGUUUUCUGUUCAUAAACAAACUCCUUAUACUUUUGGAAAUCAUAUGAGUCAAUCAUACCUUCGAGAUAGCGGCCUAGCAUCUCGUGAGUAUUUCCGAUAUCGUGCUGCUUGUCUGUUAGAUCGUGAAAAAUCAGGCGCAGGACAGUCACAAGAAAUGAACACAUUGUAUAGGUUUUGGUCAUUCUUUUUACGAGACAACUUCUUCCAUGGUAUGUACAAGGAAUUCAAACGUUUGGCUCUCGAAGAUGAAGCGUCUGGUUAUCGAUAUGGAUUGGAAUGCUUGUUUCGAUUUUACUCGUAUGGUUUGGAACGUCGUUUCAAAUGGUCUCUUUAUAAGGACUUCCAGGAACAAGCCUUGAGAGACUACAAAAAUGGACAUCUAUAUGGGUUGGAAAAAUUUUGGGCUUUCUUGCACUAUAGUGGACGCAAAGUAGAAGUCAAUCAUGCACUAAAAGAGCUACUGCAGAAGUACAGGACUAUUGAAGACUUUCGUGUCAAUUUUGAAGUUCCUGAUGGAUUUUUUGGUUAUCGAAAAAGACUUCCUUCUACAUCAGCUUCUGUGCCUUCAAAUUUAUCCUCCGAUUUUCCUAUUCAACCUACUUCUGUUUGA